AUGGAUCUGAAAGGACGAUUUGGACGAGGCGCUGUGCCCAGUGACUACAAGUGGGCGGCUCAGUGGUACGCGCUGGCAGAGAAGCUAGUCGAGGAGUGCCUCCUGAGACCCGACCCUGCAUCUGUUCAGCCAGGAGGAUGGGAGGGCAUUCUGGAGGGAAUUGAAGAAUGA